AUGCCUAGCUCAAACGGAGAAUGGCCAGACUGGCCCGAGCUGACACCCGAGACUGGUGAGCUGGACCCCGAGAAUGUCAAGAUCAAGAAAGAUAUAGCAGCUACAUAUGGUGAAGCCGCUCUACGAAAGAGCUGGAUUGCAGUCUGCGACAAACUUAAGGACUUGACCAAUGACAUCACUACCAAAGGAACCAGUGUCAUUCCCGAGCUGGCAUAUGACGAUGUUUUCAAGCUUAGUGACAUAGAGAAGCAGCGUCUGCGAGAUGUAGGCUGUUUUGUUGUCCGUGGCCUCGUGCCCGAAGAGACUGCAAAUGGUUGGUUUGAGGACCUCAACAACUACGUUAAAGAGAACAAGGGGGCGAUUGGAGGUUGGCCAGCCGAAACGCCCUACAUUCUCCGUUUAUACUGGUCUAAGACGCAGAUGGAGGCGCGUACCCAUCCGCGAGCGAUGGCCCUGCACCGCGCUCUCAACACCUUGUGGCAUGACGACGAUGAUGCUGACAAGGCUUUCGCGGAGCCUCUGGUAUACGCCGAUGCGGCACGGAUUCGUCCUCCAGGCGAGCCUUUUCGAGGCUUAGGGCCACAUAUCGACGCAGGCAGCCUAAGUCGUUGGGCCGACAGCGACUACCGCAAGGUCUAUGAAAAAGUCUGGACGGGAAGCCCUGACGAGUACGAUCCGUACGAUCUCACAGAUCGCAAACGGGCCAACCCAGCCCAUUUUGCGGGCAAUGCUCACUCACAUGUACUCCGCCUGUGGCAGGGCUGGACGGCUCUCACUUCGGCUGGUGCUUAUGAGGGCAGUCUGAUGCUGUACCCUGAGAUCAAAACCACUAUUGCUUACGUUCUCCUGCGCCCAUUCUUCAAGCCACCAGCGAACAAGGAGGACAUCCUCGAUGCGGAGAAGUGGACUUUCGAUAUCGAGGACCCUUGGUUCCCGGGCGUAUGGAGGAACACAUCACAGGAACUCAGCCCAGAAGCCUUCCCGCAUUUGCAGCUUAAGGACUGUCUGGUGCAUAUUCCCAAGAUGGGCCCAGGUGAUACUGUGUGGUGGCACUGUGAUAUGUGUCACGCCGUAGAGAUUGAACACAGAGGAAAUGGAAUCUCGAGCGUCGCCUAUGUAGCAGCUACACCGACAACAGACAUCAACUUGGCCUACGUUCGACGUCAGCUCAACGCGUUUCUUAAUGGAACACCCCCUGAAGAUUUCCCUGGCGGAUGUAACGAAAGCGCACUCAAAGGUUAUCCUGGUAAUAAGAUUGUCCUCAAUGGCGAUGCAGGCAGGAAGGCAGUUGGUUUCGCAAUUUAG